AAUCCCUUCAAACAUACUCCUCUUACUUACUUUCUAGAACUAAAUUAAAGUCCCAAAUUUUCAACAAAACAUCUCCUAAUCAUUUCCUUUUUCAAAUCAAAAACUAAUUUACUGCAAAAUCCCAAGCCCUAAAUGCAAGGAACAUUCAAGUGGUAGUUCAGUUGUUUACAUUCCGUUAACAAGGAAAAAGGGAAAUGGAGGGGAGCCCACAUGGAAAUCAAGUUCAGGUUCCAAGUGAACCUGCUGUGAAACGUUUCAGGAUUCUUUGGCGUGUUUUUCUGAUUUUCAACUUCGGCCUUGGCGGAAGAUGAUUGUGAAAUCGAGCUCACUUUUGUGACUUUCAUUUGGUAUUUGACUUAAUGAAGAAUUCAAUUUGAAUGGUGCCUUAAAAAGUGUGGCCUUUCCUUGCUACAGCCUCUGAUUCAUGAACUAGCGGAGUUGUGAUGGUUGAAAUAUAUUGUGGAGAUGCAAGUUAGAACUGACUGCUAUGCUGGGGGAGAUUGCUAAUUCUAUGAGUGUGUUGGUAAUUAUUAUACUUUGCUUUCAUAGUUGGGUAAAGUGAGGGGUAUGUCAUGGUUUUUUGCCAUGGCUUGUUAUAUUCAACCUCACUGAAAUAAGAGUUGAUAGGACCUGGACCAGCGAUGGCUUCAGAUAUGGUUGUUAACGAGUUAUUAUGGAAACUAUUGGUGGCAAACAAUCAUGCUGGUGCUAGAGCUCCUAGUAUCGCCAGAAACUAGGUCGUGUCAUAGUAUGACCAUGAUUAUGAUAGCAUUGCAAUGGAAGAACUACAGUCAGUUAACUAAGUUUACAGUUGCUGAAAGUAGAUACUACUAUCUGAUGCCUAUAUCAUUCAUGAUUAUGUCUAACGGCUUUUGCUUUGGCCGGAGAGGGUCAUAGGAUAUCUGGAUAGCAUGUUGCUGAAGAUUUUAUGGCCUAUGUAUGGUCUGGAAUCAAGAUAAUGAUUAAGGUUUAUGGCGUUUCUGUUGUCAUGAAAUUGGGGAGAUCUGUUAAGCCUUUAGUAGCAGUGAUUGGUUGCAUUGUUUUGUUGGUAGCGGCAUCAAUUUCCACACCUGGGAAAAAAAAUGCUUACAUGUUUGCACAGGGCGGUAAGAAAGAAAGAGCGAAACAAAAAGCCAUAGAAGAGCCUCAUCCCUCCCCUCCUACCGCAGUGACUGCCCCUGCCCAAGAAGAGCCCAUAAUCAUCACUCCCCCUGUCGAAAGGCCCGUGCCAGUGCGAAAACCGGUUCCCGAGGAUCAGCAACGUGAGAUCUUCAAGUGGAUAUUGGAAGAGAAAAGAAAGGCAAAGCCUCAAAACAGACAAGAGAAGAAGCGUAUUGAUGAAGAGAAAGCGAUUCUUAAAGAGUUCAUUCGUGCAGAGUCGCUUCCAAAGAUUUGAUGUCUAGUGACCAUAUAGUGCUUGUUGUUUGUCAUUAGAUACGCUGUAAUUUUUUAAGCAUCAAAAACAACAUCUUCAUCAUUAGACUUGUAAGAAAAUCAGAGAUUUUAUGGACCUGAGGAAUUGUUUAUUCUUUUGUUCAUUGGCUGUGAAUCUAUCACUCUAGAAA